UGCCAUAACAAUAACAACUUCCAUAACAGCAACUACAUUUGCUGAAACAACAACCUCAGCAUCCGAAACAGCAACUACAGCUCCAAAAACAACAACCGCAGUGGCCAAAACAAUAAUCACAGCUUCUGAGACUACAAGUACAGUGGCUGAGACUACAACAACACCUGCCAGAAUCACAACCACAGCAGUCUUUCCAACCACAGUAGCUGACUCAACAACCACAGUGACCAAGAUAACGACCAUAGGGGUCGAGACAACAACCAAAGCAGCAGCAAUAACCAGAGCUACUACAAAGAGAUACGUCAUCUUCAGAUCCCUUCAGAGCAGUUUUACAGAGGACUUGUUGAAUCAAUCAUCUGCAGCCUUCAACAGUCGAUCUUCUUCAAUAAAGGAACAGAUUGAACCUGCUUACAGGCUUGCGUUCCCUUCUGUCUUUGUCUCUCUGGCCGUGGUGGCGUUCAGGCAGGGAUCAGUCAUCAACACCAUGGAACUCCAGUUUGUAAACUCAUCCGUUCCUAAUGACACUCAGAUCAAGGAUGUUUUGAUUAGUAUGACUUUAAAAGUCAAGGGCUUUGACAUAGAAAAUUCAACCAUUUCAGUCAGUGACACAUCUGCAGCAACAACUACCACAGUUACCCCAUCAACAACCACACCGGCAGAAACAGCCAUCACACCUGCAGGAACAAAUACCACAGCAGCUCCAACCACUAUGACAACUGAGAAAACAACUACUGCACCUGUUCAAGUUUUUCUGUUUUUACAGUUCCUUGAACCAUAUGUACCUGAACUCAAUGACCCCAGCAGCAGUGUGUACAAAGAUCGCGAAAGACGGGUUAAAGAGACGUGUGAUAGAAUAUACCGCCCAAAAUUUCCUUACUACAUUGGUGCCGUUCUGAUUAAGUUCAGUGUUGUUACAGUCCAAACACGAGUGGAUAGAACUGAGGCAAAGUUGGAGCUUGUGUUCAAUCAAACAGCUCCCAAUGCAAAAGUCCCAGAGAAGAAUGUCAUUGUUCAAACUUUAAAAGAUGCUAUUCAGAAUUCCAGCAUCAAUUUCACCAUCACCAUAUUUCCUGACACAGUAUCAGUAACUUCUGUUCCUGUCAAUGUCACGACUGCUGCACCAGCAACUACCAAUUCCACGACUGCUGCACCAGCAACUACCAAUUCCAUGACUGCUGCACCAACAACUGCCAGUUCCACUAUGGUUGCACCUACAGCUUCCCUACCUGCAACUGCUAUAUCUACUGCAUCAACUGCAACUUCGGGUGGAGCACCUCACAAGAUUAGUCCCAGCACUGCUUUCAUCUUGGUGCUGUUGUUAUGGCUUCUACCAAGUCAGCAAUAGCAUCUGUGCUGGUUUCCAUGUGGAUGACCAAGCAAACAACUCUGCCAAGUUGAACUCUUUCACUGAUAUAAAAAAAGGGAUUUGAGGUACUUUAAGAUAUUCCCAUCCAGUUUUUUUUACUGGGUAAAGCAAAAAUCCUGACUACAUACAUGUGUUAAGGCGUGUUUUUUUGCUUGUGAAGGAAUGAGUCAGAAACAAUUUAGUCCUCAUGCAAAAGAAUUUAUAUAUAUAUUGAAGAAUCAGAAAAAUCACAUGUACAUGGCUCCUCUCAGCUCGGAAAAUCGCAGUCUGCAAGCAGUUAGCUGCAACCAACCUUACUGAGAAGAGUACUUCCUCUAAGCUAACCUAACUUUUUAUUUCACUGCUACUCACAACCCUAUUAAUUCAAAAAGGCAUCACCAGCUGAGCUAAUGCACAUGAUCCCACCCAAUUGUCAGGUAACAACCCCCUAACUUACCAUCCCCACAUAGCCACCAGCAAGGGCGUAACUUUGGGUCCAACAUUGGGGGGGUUAAGCUCUCUGCCUAUUUAUUUAUUUAUUAAAUCGUUUACUUUUCUAAAAGUAUUCAGGAGAUUUUGGGUUAAUUAGAAAUGUAUUAGA